AUGGGUAAGUUGCUCUCUGAGCUCUACAACACCCGAUCAUCAUCUAAACUCACCCUUCACUUCUCAACAUUCCACGUCCUUGCAAUCAUGGCAGAGCCAUCUAGUCCUAAGGCACCAGACGGAUACAAAUUCCUGGAAAUUAUUAUUCCAGUUUUUACAGAAACUAACAAGGGCCUCGAGUACCUCACCAGGAUACAAGAACAUCUCAGGACGUGGAAAGCCCGUAUUCAGCGAACUUCUCCUGACAAUCCUGGUAGCUAUGAUUUUAUCUUUAUGGCUUGUGAGGUCGAAGGGGCUCAAGUGGACGAAGACGAGCGUGCGAAGGGCAAAUACGAGUCCCUCAAACAGAUAGAGGAGAUGCGCGAGAAAGGAAAACCGCAGUUCAUGUUUGCGAAUCUUAGGAUAUGUGUCAAGAAAGACGUUCGGUCUGACUGGGACAAAGAGACACCACUUUAUACGUCAUCAUAUCCUCAUCACGGAGAUAACGAACAUACGCAACGCGGAGAGCUUUGGUAUAAUCAACACUUUGUGGAUUGUUAUAACGCUGUGAUGUCUAUGGUAGUUGGAAUGAUUGCGGAUGAGGAGCAUCAGGUGAAGGGUACAGAUUCUGAAAAACGCCGUCCCCCUCCUACGAAGAACUAUUUUUUUGAUGAAUGA